GUUAAGCAGAAGACAUCACGCACCCAAGCGACACAAGUCACAUGACACAUCGGCGGGAGGAACCACAACACAAUACAUAUACAGUAUACACGCCAUUAACAUCACUCCAUACUCAACCCCCGAGAGGUACAGACGUCCUGAGAGCUGUGCAUAACAAGAAUAAGAGAGAAAAUGGAGAGAGAGGAAAUCCUGCUACCACCGGGGGUGGAGUUAACCGACAUAGAGGUAGACGUUGGUUCGGCCCCAGAGGAGGCCCUUCCUGAGCCCCCCUCUGAAGCCGAACCAACAAAAAUUGAAUGUAUGCAGCAGGCCUCGGAGACCCGUUCCGAGGAUCCGCCUCCUGCACCAGCAGGGGCAGAUGCUCGGAAGAAAGAGUUCUCUGAGGCCGAGCUUGCUAAAAAAAAACGUGAGCUUAAUAGGCGUAGAAAAGAACGGGCCAAGCGUGCCAAAAAGACAAAAAAGCUGGCGCAAGGCCCGCUUCCGGGAACAAAUGCCGGUCCCUCGACCAGUGGAGGCCUUACGGUUGGGGUUGGUCGUGGCCGUGGACUACUGUCCACUUGGCCUAGACCACCCCAUCCAGUGGAGUGUUCCUCCAUUGGAAGAGGGCGGGGAAUCACCCCAAAAAUGUUAGAGGAAGCUUUGGGGGAGAGCCCACGGCCACUGCGUGCAUUCGAUGCACACUUUCAUCCCGAUCGGAUAAAAAUAAGAAAAGGAAAAACUGAACUUCAGGGACAGCCUCUACACCCGGUCGAGGUAGUCGGAGGGGUAUGGAACUUCUGUGAUCCAGUAAGAUACUCCGCCCCCGGCUUCCUCGACAGGGUAUUCGAUGAACUCCCUGAAGGCUACGCAGUGGCGGUGGGCAUCCACCCGAAGCAGGCCUAUGGCCUGAAGCGUUACUAUCUUGAGGCGCUGCGAUCGGCUCUCGCCGACCCGAGAGUCAGAGGCCUGUCGGAGUUGGGCCUCGAUUGGUCCACGGAUGACUCCGAGUGGGGGGCACAGGAGCAGCUUUUUGAGCAGCUCCUAGGGCUCUCCACCGGAAGAGUCCUGGUACUCCAUCUCCGGGGGGCCAAUGGCUCUCGUCCCGGCAAUGAGCCGAUCCCUCGUGCUGUGCACAAGCUGGCGCGCGACGCGAUUCGCCGACGGUGUCCGGCCGCUCAGCGCAUCCAUUUGCACUGUUUCAUGGGUUCGCCGGACAUCGUCGACGAAUGGACGUCAGCGUUCCGUUAUGCGUACUUUGGUGUCACGGGCAGUGCCUCUUACUACAAUGGAGCGAAUGCCAAGCUUAAGAGGCUUGGCAUUCGGUCCAUUCCAGGAAAUCGUCUUCUGAUCGAGACAGACGCCCCCUACCUGCCCGUCCGCCCUCGCCACGGCUGGCAAACAGAAGCCUUUAUCGGCGAUGUCGGGCAGGUGGUGGCGUCUAUCCGAGGGGUUCCUCUACCAGAGUUCCUCGAUCAGACGACGAUUAACGCCAGGGAGCUGUAUUGCCUCAAAUAAAGGGGCAAUGCUGCUCCCUUGCACCUGUCUCUGCCUUUUACCUUAAUUGUAAGACUGUUUUAUAUACAAAAGUUGUAUUUUAUAUGUGUUUAUUAUGCUUUAUAUAUGUAAUACGGAAAAUAGACGCCUAUGAUUUACAAUUCUUAUUGAGUUAUGCUUUUUGUUGAAAUUAGAAAAUUAGAUCAGAUAAGUAAUAAUAUAUAUAUAUGUAUGUAUCGAUUUGAAUAUUUGCUUACUUUUUUACUUAGAUACAUAAACAAGGCAGAGACAAGGUAAGAAUAUGUUUUAUGAUUGAUAGUGAUGUAUAAUGUAUAUUGAUGUAUUUAUGUUAUAUCUAUG